UACUUCCCCCGAGACUUUGAGAGCGAACUAGCCGUUGUGCUGGGGCGACCGUUAGGCCGAGGCGUAGUACGACCCUGCCGCCCGUCGUCUCUACAAACCCGCACCUGCUCCUCAUCAUCAGACGCAGGCAGUACCGAUCGACGACGACACCAUGGUCGCCAGGAGCCCCAACGCCAAGGCUGACCGGCAGACGGCGGCCGCCAUCGCCGCCGCCACCGCGCUCAACCCCGCCCUCGUCAGGGAGACCCUCAAGAAGAUGGACCGGUGCAUGGCCCGGCUGCAGGAGCUGCAGUACACGGUGGCCGGCGGCGCCAAGGUCGUCUCCGGGGUCAGCCUCAGCCCGCGCAGCACCCGCGGCUACCUCCGCACCAGCAUCCGCUGCAAGCAGGAGACUGUCAGGAUGAGGGGGACGCCGGCGCAGAGCAGAUCCCCCAACGGCAAGUUCGGCGGCGGCGACGGCGCGGCCCAGUGGCGCCGGAUGUCGUUGCCGGCGAUGCUCCUCGGCGAGACCGUGCUGGAGAUCGUCCAGGCCAGCCAGUUCGCCCGGGACAUCGUGGCGGUCGCCGAUCCCCCCAAGACCCCGAAGCCCGCCGCGAGGACCAGGAAGGCCACCGCGGAGCAGACGCCGCUCCGGGCCCGCCGAGCCAAGGAGAAGCAGAGCCAGCGUGGCACGGCCGGAGCCGAGGCCGGCACGCCGCCUUCGCGCGGGCGCGUCCGCUCCAGGAUACAAUUCAAGCCCGCUUCGCCUCUCGGCCGGCCGACAGUGUCAGCCGCGAACAGGGUGUCCCCCAAGAACCGGCCGUGGGCAAAGAAGACGGUGAUGUUCCCCAAUCCCACGUUCUUGGCUCCAGCUUCCUCCACCGCGCACGCCUCGCCGUCGGCCACAAAGAAACAGAAGCGGUCCAGCAAGACUCGGUCCCCUGUUAUGGCCCAUCAGACGCCGCACAAGUUCCUGGUGAGGACGCCGCCGAGCGCUCUUGGGUCCAAGCUGAAAAGCCAUGGCAAAUUGCUGCCCAAUUCAAGGCCCGUCGCGGUGUCGCCGCCAGGGAAAGCGCAGGCGGCGUCCGGGAAAACCCGGCGGUGCUCGUUCUCGCCGUCCAAGUUGGCAUCUAGGCUCGUUUCACCAAUAAAGGCGAGGUUAUCCUUCGUGUCGCCAAUGAAAUCGAGGACGUCGUCGCUGAGGUGCCGCGAUGGUGCCGUCGGCGGCAGCAUGAUGAGUGGGCUCAAGCAGCGACCCGUCGUCAACCUGACGGCGCGGACUGUCAGGAUAUCAUCUUGAUGUGAGGUGAUCAAUCGCGGUGUGAUCUUCAGCAUCUUGCGAAGACGAGCCCCUGUAAUACUCAAGAGCAACGAGGAACUCUGAAACUGUACAUGGAUCAGUUACAUUUCGUUGGAUCUUGGGAGUACCUGAUCUUGUCUGGAUAGUAUUUCUAAAGGAUCUUGGUUUGAUCAAACCAACAGUAGCUGUAAUUUUUUGGACAAAUAUAACAUUUUACCAGAA